ACCGCCCACAAAAUUGUUUUCAUUCUUCCAGCAGAUGUCGCUGCACUCGACACACCUGUAUCAGGUGAAGAUUGCGGGUGGAAGCCAUUUAUUGUGACAGUCUGUAAACUUUUCAACUGUUUAUUGCAUUGCACUACUUUGGCAAUAUUAAUUCGCGAGAGAUUUCGGACAAUCAAAGUGAAACCGGUUUUGUGGAUCGAAUUAGUCGCGGCCUGUGUGCUGUUUGAUGGAGCUGAGACACAAAUGAUUAGAUGUCGGUAAUGGAUGUACAGAAUUUCGAGAAGGGUCGCAUCAAGGCCCUUCAGGAUGAGAGAGUCUACAUUCAGAAGAAAACCUUCACCAAAUGGGCCAAUGCCUUCCUGGAAAAGGCCCGUCUUGAAAUCAAAGACUUAUUCACGGACUUGGCUGAUGGCAAGAUUUUGAUGAAACUCCUGGAGAUCAUCUCAGGAGAACAUCUUGGGAAACCAAACAAAGGGCUUAUGAGAGUACAAAAAGUGGAGAAUUUAAGCAGAUGUCUGAAAUUUUUAGCUACAAAGGUAUAUUUUGAGAACAUUGGAGCUGAAGACAUCGUAGAUGGCAACCCUCGUCUUAUCCUAGGUUUGAUUUGGACCAUUAUUCUGAGGUUCCAGAUCCAAGAGAUAGAAAUUGAAGUGGAUGAAGAAUCUAGUGAGAAAAGGUCUGCUAAGGAUGCCCUCCUUCUUUGGUGUCAGAGGAAAACUGCAGGGUAUCCUGGGGUCCAGAUCACUAACUUCACAGGCAGCUGGAGAAAUGGACUGGGAUUUAAUGCUCUUAUUCACGCUCAUAGACCAGACCUGAUAGAUUACGAUUCCUUACACCCCGAUGAUCACCUCGGAAAUCUUAAUAAUGCCUUCAACAUAGCAGCUAAUGAGCUAGGGAUCCCUAAGAUUCUAGAUGCUGAAGAUGUUGAUGUCCAGCGUCCAGAUGAGAAAUCCAUUAUUACUUAUGUCGCCUCAUACUACCAUUACUUUGCCAAAAUGAAGAGCGAAAUGACUGGAGGAAAAAGAAUAGCUAAGAUUCUGGGAUUGAUGAAGGACGUGGAGAAGAUGGUUGACGACUAUGAGACCUUGACCUCCAGCCUGUUGGAGUGGAUACGGUACACCAUCCAGCACCUGAACGACAGAAACUUCCCUAACUCCCUGGACGGAGUACAGAAGGAGCUGGCAAAAUUCAAAACAUACAUAACACGGGAAAAACCACCAAAAUACAGAGAGAGAGGAAACAUAGAGGCCCAGUUCUUUAACAUUCAGGCCAAGCUGAAGGCUAACGGACAGAAGUUGUACACACCCCCUGAAGGUCAGCUGAUACAUGACAUUGAGAGCGCCUGGAUUCGUCUCGAGAAAGCUGAGCAUGAGCGAGAGGUGGCACUCAGAGACGAGAUGAUCAGACAAGAACGUCUUGAACAACUGGCUGAGAGAUUUCAGAGAAAGGCUGAGAUUCGAGAGUCCUGGCUCAAUGAUAUGAGUAUGAUCCUGGAGGAGAACAUUGUGGCUAACAACUCAGCUCAAGCAGAGGCAGCCAUUAAAAAACACGAAGCUAUCAGCGCAGAAAUCCUGGCCAGGGAAGACAGAUUCCAGUCAUUAAACAGUUUGGCCAGAGAACUUGUAGAGGGAAACUAUCACGCCAAAGAUCGAGUUAAAACCAUAGAUCAAACGAUAAUGAAGAAGUGGCGAGAACUGUUAGAUAAGUUGGAGGGAAGAAAGAACUUGCUCUCUGGAUACAAGAACACAAUGAAUAUGUUCAGAGAAAUUGAGAACAUUCAGGAGGAGCUAACUGAAAUUGAGUCCAAACUGAAUGUUAAGGACACAGGUAAACAUCUACAGGCUACAGAGGACUUCCUACAGCAGCACAGCCUGCUGGAAACCCAGCUGAAAUCCCUGUCUAAGAGAGUCCGGAACCUCAACAGGAGGUCCAAACAGAUAGAGCCGAGCCACCAGGAGGGAGGGGUCCUAGAGAAGAGGCUGGAGGACCUCAAUAAGGACCUGGAUAGGGUGAAUGGUAAGAGUGAGGACAGGAAGAAGGCCCUGGAGGUAGUGAAGAAGUAUUACCAGUUCCUACAGGACGCGGAGGAGGAAGAGCGAUGGGCCCAGGAGAGGAUUGAUCACUGUCGCUCCACCAACACUGGGAAAGACCUUAACGCGGCACUCAUACUGCUCAAAAGGCACGAGGCUUUAGAGGCAGAGAUGCAUGGUCGUUGGCCUCGCUGUGAAGCAAUCUGUGCCACUGGUCAGGACCUGGUAAACAGUGGUCAUGGGGCCCGCGCCGAAAUAGGGACAAAAAUUAAUAACCUCAUGGACAAGUGGAAAUUACUACGGGAACUAGCAGCUCUCAGAAGGACAAAAAUUGAAGAUGGAAUAGAAGCACAUCAGUACUAUGCUGAUGCCAAUGAAGCUGAACUCUGGAUGAAGGAGAAAAUGCCUCUGGUUACAAGUGAUGAUUAUGGAAGGGAUGAAAUGGGAUCAAAGGCCCUGCUCUCCAGACACAAUCGCUUGGAGGGAGAAAUCCGCAGCUUCAGGACAGAGAUCAAACGUUUGGAGGAACUGGCUCAGCUAAUGACAAAGGCUGCCACAGAACAUAAUAUUUCCCCAGAAAAAUUUAUGCCUCAAGAAAAUGGUGACAAGUCGGACGAGGAGCUAGUGGAAGAGGUGAUAGAGGUUCCUCAUGAGGUGGAGGUCGAGGAAAUUCGGGAGCGCGAGGUCAUGCAGGACGUCGUGGAAACCCGCAAAAUUCCUCAGGUCAAGGCCAUGUAUGCCUAUAAAGGACAGGGGAUGAAGAUUGAGAAAGCAGAGAUUCUACUUUUGGUUCAGAGAACAAAUUCAGACUGGUGGCAGAUCAGAAAAAUGGAUGGAACAGAAGGAUUUGUACCAGCCAACUACGUCAAAGAGGUGGAGCCGAAAGUGACCCAGAAGGUGGUCCGUCGGCCAACCAAAGUCCCAGAGAAGGUCCUAGUCAAGAAAACCGUCAUGAAAAAGGAAGUUGUUCAAAAGAAAAAAGAAAAACCUAGCAAAUUAAGAAGAGCCCCCUCAGUGCGAUCAAAGGCAAAUCUGCAUUUUGACAAGGACAAUGUGGACAAACGGCAGAGACAGAUAAACCUUACCUACAACAAACUCGUAAAAUUAGCUCAGGCACGACGCAUAGCCUUAGAAGAUGCUAUGAGAUUAUUUAAAUUCUUCAGAGAAUGUGAUGAAUUUGAAAUUUGGAUGAAGGAAAAGGAAGUCCUGCUUACCAGUAAGGAAAGCUUGUCUGAUAAUAUGGAAGCAGUCAAAAAGAAAUUUGAGAAUCUACUGACCAAUCUUGCUGGGAACAAGGGCCGUCUGGAUGAGAUAAAUGGUUUGGCUGAUGAGAUUGUCAAGUCUGGAAGUGGUCAGAGCAAACAGGUCCAAGUCAGACAGAAAGAAAUCAACGACAGAUGGAAUCGUUUGAUGAAAUUAAAAAUGGAGAAAGAGAAAAAUCUACAGGGAGCUUCAAGCAUUGAGAUGUUCCAGUCCACAUGUAACGAGCUUGCUGAUUGGAUAAAGGAGAAGGAUAAUACAUUGUCCUCAGAUGAUAUUGGAAAAGAUAUGAAAGGAAUCGAGGCAGCCUUAAGGAGACACACAAAUUUGGAAAGAGAAUUGGUGCCAGUGGAGGACAAGAUGAAGAGGAUGAACUUCUUGGCGGACUCUGUGAGAGCAUCUUAUCCAGAUGAGAAGAAUUAUGUUGAUCAGAGACAGAAAGAACUACAGGACCUCUGGGACUCUUUACAGGAUAAAGCUGCCCAGAAAAGAAAGCGAUUAGAGGACUCUGAAGAAGUCCAGAAGUUCAACAAUGAUGCCAAAGACUUGGGUAUGUGGACAAGUGCUACCAAGGCUAAGAUCCAGAAUGCCGAGAUGCCCAGAGAAUUACAGUCCGCUGAAAUCAUGAUUCAGGAACAUCAGGAAAUAGGAGAGGACAUCAAGGCUCACAAACCAAAGUUUGAAGACAUACGGGUUUUAGGAAAGAGUAUUUUAGACAAAGACCCUGAUGCUUCUGAUGUUGAAAGUAAGCUACAAAAACUCGGUGAGGAUGAGGAAGUGAUUGACAGAAUGUGGGCGGACAGGAAUCAGCAGCUCCAGCAUGCUUAUGAACUACAGUUUUUCAACAAAGAAGCUGACCACAUUGAUUCUGUGUCCAGUGGUCAUGAGAAGUUCUUAGACUUUGCUAACCUUGGGGAAACAGUAGAUGAUGUUGAAACUUUGUUCAAACGUCAUGAAGACUUUGAGAACACAUUAAUUGUACAAGAUGAAAAACUGAAGGACUUGGAUGAGAUGGCUGACAAAAGGAUUGCAGAGGGACAUCCUGACAAAGAUCAUAUUGACAAGAGGAGAAAUGAGGUGCUGGAGAGGAGGCAGAAAAUCAAGGAGCGGGCGGCCGACCGACACAACGCUCUGUUGGCAGCGCAGGGCUUCCAGGAGUUCAAGAGGGACGCGGACGAACUUUCAGAUUGGAUAAAAGACAAAUACAAGACAGCUACAGAUGAGUCAUAUAGAGACCUGGCAAACCUUCACGAGAAGCUGAAGAAACAUCAUGCAUUUGAGGCAGAAAUUAAAGCAAAUAAUGAACGGCUUCAAGACUUAAAUGAUAGAGGAGAUGGAAUGGUUAAAGAUGGACAUUACUCUUCUCCGGAGAUCCAGGAAAUUCUCCAGGACCUCAAUACUCAGUGGAAAGACAUGUGUGACAAAGCCAAAGAUAAAGGGAACAAACUCCAGCAAGCAGCUGACCAGUCAACUCUCAAUAAAGCACUAGCUGAUGCACAGGCCAAAUUGGAUGAAAUGGAGAAAUCUGUGGCAAACCCAGACCUUGGGUCUGACCUUCGUGGGGUCAAGGACUUGUUGAAAAAGCAUCAGAACUUGGAGAAUGAAUUGGGAGUCCUGUCCGAUCAGAUCUCGUCCAUUGUCUCACAGGGACAGGCCUUGGCACAGUCUGGACAUUUUGAUAAAGCCAACAUCCUCAGAGCUGUGGAGGAUUUCAACAGCAGAUUUGGGAAGUUGAAGCCAGCAGUAGAAAAGAGAAAAAACAAGUUGCAGGAUUCACUUCAUUUCUUCCAGUUUAAGUUUGAUGUGGAUGAAGAAGUUCAGUGGAUCAAGGAGAAGCUGCCUGCUGCGGCCUCCACAGACUAUGGAAAGAGCCUGGUGGAUGCCCAGAACCUCCAGAAAAAACACCAGAAACUUGAUCUGGAGAUAAAUGGUCACCAUCCCAUUGUGGAGAGGGUGUUAGCUACAGGGGAGAAACUAAUUGACCAGAAACACUACAACGGGAAGCAGAUAAAGGACAAAUGUCAGGAACUGCAGGUGUCCUGGGAAGACCUCCUGAACAAAAGUAAAAUCCGCAAAAAGAAUCUGGAUCUCUCUGUCCAAAUCCAGAAGUAUUUGAAUGAUGUGGAGGAGUUGGAGAAUUGGAUCAAUGAUAAAAUGGCCCUGGCCACCAGUACAGACUAUGGCAAGGAUGAGAACUCGUCCGACAAACUCCUGACAAAGAAUAAGGUAUUGGAGACAGAUAUUCAAACCUAUCAGGGAAUUGUGACAGGACUUGGUAAAGAGGCUCAGAGGUUGUUUAAGAUUGGAUGUCAGGAUCCUGCCACUCUACGCAAAGCACAAGACAAUCUCCAGGACCAUUUGAACAAGCUGAAGCGACUUGCUGCGGAGCGGACCCAUGAAUUAGAAAUGUCUAAAUGGCUGCAUGCCUACAACAGAGAGAGCCGUGACUUUGAGGAAUGGAUUGAUGACCAGAUGCAGUUAGCCGCCUCCGAGGAAUACGGAUCUGAUUAUGAACAUCUUGUUAUACUUAGAAACAGGUUUGAGGAAUUCAAACGCACAGUGGAGGCUGGAACAGAGAGAUUCAACAGGUGUGAGAGACUGGCUAAAUGGCUGCUGGAGGACAAGACGCAGUAUGAAGACCAGGUCAAAGAGAGACAGGCACAUCUCAGAGAAAAAUGGAACCAGUUAUUGGAACAGAUAGAGAACCGAGACCAGAAGAUGUAUGGUGCAGGAGAGAUUCACAGGUUUAACCGUGAUGUCGAGGAGGCUCUCACCAGGAUUCAGGAGAAAUAUGCCAGUAUACCCGAAGAUCAGGGGAGGGAUCUGUUCGCUACUCAGAGCUAUCUCAAAAAGCAUGAACGGUUCGAAAAUGAACUGGUGGCUUUAGAAGCUCAGUUACAAGUCUUGAUUGAAGACUCCACUAGACUUCAGGAUACUUACCCUGGGGAGAAUGCUGAGCAGAUAGAACAGCUUCAGGCCACAGUGGUGGAGAACUGGGGGAUCUUACAAGACAGAGCUGCUCAGAGGAAGGAAGAACUCAUCAAUACCAUGGACCUACACAGAUUCCUGGCUGAUGUGAGAGAUCUGAUGAGCUGGGCCAAUGAGAUUGAGCAGGAAAUGAAAUCUGAGAAGACGGCGCGAGAUGUGUACGGGGUGGACAUGAUUAAGACGAGACAUGAGGAACUGAAGGCUGAGAUCGAGGCCCGGGCCGAGACCUUCACCACCAUAAUACAGACCGGGGAGGAGAUGAUCAACAAUGACCACUAUGCCAAGACAGAGAUUGAAGAGAAGGUGAAAUUGGUAGCUGACACUCAGGAUAGACUGAGAAAGGUUUGGGAUGAGAAGAGAGAUUUCUAUGAUCAGCUGUACGACCUCCACACCUUCCUCAGGGAUGCCCAGCAACUAGACACCAUCAGCUCCUCUCAAGAGGCAUACUUGGCCAGUUGUGAGUUUGGCAGUACUGUUGAUCAAGUUGAAGCUCUCAUAAGGAAGCAUGAGGCCUUUGACAGAGUCUUAGAAGUGCAAGAAGACAAGUUGGAAGCACUAUCUGCCAAUGGUCUGAAAAUGGUGGAGGAAGGACAUUUUGAAGCCCCUAUUAUCAAAAAGACAAUUGAUGAUGUCACUAAAAGGAGAGCUAAUCUGAGGGCUCAGAGCAAAGCAAGAGGAGAGAAAUUGGAAGAUUCACUUUUGUACGCCCAAUUCAACAGAGAUGUUGCAGAGGCUGAAGGACUAAUUGAUGACAAGUUGAAGGUGGCUUAUGAAGAUGACUUCCAGGAUGUAACAGACCUCCAGGAUAAGAUUAAGAAACUACAAAAACAUCAGGCUUUUGAAGCAGAAAUAUUGGCCAAUUCUGACCAGAUCAAUAAAAUUAAAGAGCAAGGAGACGUUUUACUGGAGAAAAAACACCCUGAGUCAGAUGAGGUGAGACGAAGCUUGCAGAGACUGAACUCCAAGUGGAACGAGCUACUACAGGCCUCCAACAACAGGGGGAAAGGUCUGGUGGAACUGAAAGACAUCCUUAUGUUCAAUGAACAGGUGGAUAAAGUGGAAAUGUGGAUGAGAGAAAAAGAAGCUCUGGUGAGUGCAGGAGACAUGGGUAGAGAUUAUGAACACUGUCUAGAACUUCAAAAGAAGGCCAAUGAUCUGGAAUCAGCCGUAAGUAGACCAGGUAUCACUGUGGAUGAUAAGAGGAUAGCUGAUAUUAAUGCAUUGGCAGACAAAUUAAUAUCUCAGGGAAGAACAGACACAAAUGCUGUAAAGGAGAAACGCAAUAAUCUCAAUCAAAAAUGGAAGGGAGUGAAUGCUGAUCUGGCUGACUACAAGGAGAGCCUGUCCUGUGCCCUAGAAAUCCACUCCUUCAACCGGGACGUGGACGAGAUGUUGGACAGGAUCAAUGAGAAGGCUCUGUUACUGUCCAGUGAGGACCUCGGGAAGGAUUUGUCCAGCGUGGAGGCCCUCCAAAGGAAACAGGAGGAGGUGGAGAGGGAUAUGACAGCCCUACAGAACCAGCUAGAGAAAAUGGAGGCAUUGGAGAGCAAGUUAUGCAGGAAGUACCCAGACAAGGCUGAUGCUAUUCACCAGAAACAACAGGAGGCCCAGGACAACUGGGAAAAAUUAGAAGAACUGGCUGAUAGCAGGAAACAGAAAUUGUCUGACUCAUAUCAGCUACAGAAGUUUCUAUCUGAUGCCAGGGAACUGGUUUCCUGGUCCACUGAGAUGGUACAGAGAAUGAAUGCAGGAGAGUUGGCUAAAGAUGUUCCCGAGGCUGAAAGUCUUCUUCAAAUUCACCAUGAACGCAAGGCAGAAAUCGAGGGCAGGAAGUCCCACUUUGCUGCUGUCCGGGAGCAUGGUAACAAACUUGUGGAGAGGAAACACUACUCUCUGGAAGAAAUCCAGAAAACCAUUGGUCAGAUAGACCACACCAAACUAAUGCUGAAUGCUGCCUGGGAGAAACGCAACCACUUACUCACUCAGUGCCAUGAUCUACAAGUUUUCAAGGAGACAGCUGAACAAGCUGAUGCAUGGAUAUCUUCAAAAGAAGUCUUCCUUGCAAAUGAAGAUUUAGGAAAUAAUUUACACAGCGUUGAAACACUUCAAAAGAAACAUGAUGGAUUUGUCAAGACAACGAAAAAACAGGUGGAUAAAAUUGAAGACUUGAAACAAUUUGCAGAGAAUCUGAAAAGCCAAGAUCACUAUGCUUCUAGUGAGAUUACUGAUAGGUGUCAGGAAGUUGUGAAUAGGUGUGAUGCUUUCUGGAAACAUUGUGAAGCACGAACCAAGAAACUGAAUGAUUCUAAGAACUAUCAGUUAUUUUUGAGGAAUUUAUAUGAAGUGACAGGAUGGAUUAAUGAGAAGCUACAGGUGGCGUUGGAUGAGUCGUAUAGGGAUCCGACUAAUCUACAGGCCAAGCUCCAGAAACACCAGGCAUUCGAGGCUGAAGUCACGGCCAACAGGAACAGAGUGGAUGCUGUCGUGGAGGAAGGUAAAGGAUUAGUUGAUAAGGAUCAUUAUGCAAAGGCAGACAUUCAGAAACGUCUGGAGGAGCUAGAAUUAAGCUGGGAAGCCCUAAUGGCAGCCAGUGCUGAGAAGAAAGAUAGACUACAGGAUGCCUAUCAGGCUCUCAUGUACAAUAGAGUGGUAGAUGACUUAAUGUCAGUUUUGGAUGGCACACAAUUUUGGUCUGAUUUUGAUAUAACUUGGGAUUUAUAUUCUGUCAAUAAAUUACUCAAAAAACAUCAGCUGCUGGAGCAGGACAUAGCCAAUCACAGAGAAAAGGUUCAGGAUGUUCAAGAUGCCGCCCAUGUGUUCAAGGAAGCAAAACAUUUUAUGAACAAAGAACUCCAGGCUAGAGCCAAAGCUGUUCAAGAAAAAUACGAGUCUCUGUCUGAGCCGGCCACUAUAAGACGUGAUAACCUGGAGGAUGCCCUGCUGAUGUACCAGUACUACAGAGAUGUGGAGGACGAGUUGUCAUGGAUACAGGAGAAACUUCCUGUAGCGUCCUCCACUGAUCUAGGAGACUCACUGAAUGCCGUCCAAAAUCUUAUGAAGAAACAUCAGGCCCUGGAAUCAGAAAUCAUUGCUCACGAGCCUUUGAUUGACUCUGUAGCCACUGCUGCCCAGAGAAUGAUGCAGGCCAAACACUUUGCUUCUGACAACAUUAAAGCUCAGCUGGACAAACUGCAGACAGAGCUUCAACAACUCCAGGAAUUAACAUUGGAGCGCAAAUCUAAACUCCAGGCCUCACUGGAAUCUCAAACGUUCUAUGCUGAGAUUUCGGUUGCUGAGUCGUGGAUGGAUGAAAAAAUUCCUGUUCUGAAAAGUCCAGAGUAUGGAAAAGAUGAAGACGGUGUUCAGGUUAAUUUGAAAAAAAUGGACACCUUGGAGAGAGACAUUGAGAACUUUAGCAGUAAUAUCGCAGAGCUUGCUGCGUUAAGUAGGAGCUUAGUGGAGAAGGAGAAUUUUGACAUGGAGAAUAUAAAGAAGCAGCAGGCCUCCGUAGAACAGAAGUACAGCACCCUGCAGGAUCUGGCCAGUCAGAGAAGAACCAAACUCCUGGAAACCAAGAAACUGUUUGAAUUCUACAGAGAGGCUGAUGAUGUCACUAACUGGAUAGCAGACAAGGUCGUUAUUGCAUCCUCAGAGGAUUACGGUCAGGAUCUGGAACAUGUGGAGGUUCUACAACAAAAAUUUGAGGACUUCCUUCAGAAUUUAAACAGUAGUGAAGAGAGAGUCACAAAUAUCAGUGUCAUGGCAACAGAAAUGAUAGAUGCCAACCAUUUUGAAUCAGAAGCAAUCAAGAAGAGAUCUGAGGAGGUGACACAACAGUGGAAUGAACUGAAGGAGGUGGCCAAGGCCAGGCAAGAGGCUCUGGCAGCAGCUAAGGAAGUACACAUGUAUGGCCGGGAUGCAGACGACACUUUGGACUGGAUCCAGGAGAAGGAAGGCUUAGUCAGUACAGAGGACUAUGGACAUGACCUGGAAUCUGUCCAGUCACUCAUCAGUAAACACGAGGGAUUUGAGAGGGAUUUAGCAGCCAUUAGUGAGCAAGUGGAGGCUAUCACCAAAGAAGCUGAGCGUUUGAUUGGACAGUACCCAGACGCCCAGGAACACAUAGCAGUGAAGCAUGAGGAGAUGGUACAGUGUUGGAACAUUCUGGUGGAGAAAGCCUCUCAGAGGAAGGAGAAACUUCAGCAGGCAGACCAGUUACAGUUAUACUUCAAUGACUACAGAGAGUUACAAGCCUGGAUAAGUGAGAUGAUGGCCAUCAUCCUGGCAGAAGAGUUUGCACGGGAUCUCCCUAGUGCUGAACUCAUGAUGACAAGAUGUAAAGAGCAUAAAGCAGAAAUAGACAGUCGACAAGAUGCCGUUAAUAAAUUCCUAGAGACAGGAAAAGUCAUGAUCGAGAAUGGACAUUUCCUGUCUGAAGAGAUAAAUGAGAAAGUGACAGACUUGAACACGGCUUGGGAAGCCUUGAUAAAAACAUUCGAGCAGUACCAGGAACUCUGCGAACAGAAUCUAGAAGCUCAGCAAUUACAUCAUGAAAUGGAGCAGCUGGAGGCCUGGAUGAAUAUCCGCGAACCUCUGAUGAAGGAGAAGAACGUCGGAGAGAAUAUUCAGACCGUGGAGGAGCUACUCAGGCGACAGGAUGACUUCGAAAAGACGGUCGAUGCACAGUCUGAGAAAUUCAACGCUAUUUGUCGGCGUACACAGCUGGAGAAGUCCUUAUUAGACCAGAAACAGCAGCAGGCAUUAGCAGAGAAACAACAAAAGGAGAUCGAACGAAUGGAUGAGAUCAGAAAGAGGGAACAGGAGAGAAUCUUGGAGACACAGAGAAAUGAGAGGAAGAGAGAAGAAGAACAGAGGAAGGCUCGUGAGGUCCUGUUGAGGAGACAGAAGGAUGCGGACUCCUCGGAGAGUGACGAGGACAAAAAGGAUGACCGGUUAGACACCAGUACAGUCAAGAAUUUGAUUGGUCGAUCAACCAGCAGAGCCGAAGUGAAACGUGCCAUCAGUUUUAAACAGAGAGGGGAGGGGGCCACCUCCCCACCCCCUGUGUUACAAAAAGCCUAUGAGUUCCGACAAGGAGAAGGCAUUGUUAAUCCAAAUGAAAAUAUUACACCCAAUGACACUGAAACUGUAACCCCUACAGAGGAGGAGGCACCACAUUUACCAGAAAUGCCACCACCAGAAAUUCAGGUGGCACCCCCUACCCCUAGUGAUUUACAUAAAAAGGAGAAGUUAUCUCCCCCUGUUAGUCCAAAACAGAAACGUGUAGAACAUUUAAAGGAUGAGGAUAAAAAGAAAAAGAGAACUCCUAGUUUUAAUUUAAGGAGAAGAACAAGGAGUUUUAAGGACAAGUAUAGACUUCCAGAUAAUUUACCUGAUCCAGAUUUUGAAGGAUUAGUGGAAAGAAAAGUGGAAUUGCAGAGUGGAGGAAAGAGGGCUACGAUACGAUCUUGGAAGAAUUAUUAUAUGGUUUUAUAUGGACAGAUUCUAGUUUUCUACAAAGAUAAGGAGGCUGCCAUGGAGAAGAUUCCAGCGGCCCCACCUGUGUUCAUCCAUAAUGCAUACUGUGACGUAGCCUCCGAUUACCAUAAAAAGAAGCACGUCCUCCGUCUUAAGAGCGCGGACGGAGCGGAAUCGUUACUGGAGGCAGCUUCUGCAUCUGACAUGAAGGAAUGGAUCAGCAAAAUCCAACAUUACGCAGUUCAAACACCAUCCCAUGCUGACCUGGAAUUUUUUCAUAGUUCUGAACAACCGCCUGAGGAUAGCGCGGUUGACGAUGAUGGAGCACAAGCUGCUGAUGAGCACCAUGCAGCUGUCCUACAUAGAUCUUCAAGUCCAGAAGGUGAGAGGGGACGAAGUGUGUCUCCCAUGGCAGCACACCGGGAAUCUCAGGAAAUCCGUGAGGAGGAGAUGGACAGGAUUAUGGCCAGUAAACAUUGGUCCCCCGACAGGGGGUCAGCCAUCCCUCCUCAUGCCACAGGUGCGCAGAAUGACAGCGUGCAGCGAUCAGGCAGCUUCCAAGCUGAACAAAACACAACUCCAGUACGGCAACGGACAAGCAGUGGAGGCAGUCACCAUUCAUCAGGUGAAGAUGAGCAUGACCUUUCACCUAUAUCAUCCCCACACAACGGGGGUCACAGAGGAAUGAAUGGAGAUGAGGAUCAGUUCACAGAUGACAUUAAGAAGAGGACUAAGGGUUCCCCUAAGAAGGAUCGUCCGAUGUCGGAGCCAGCGAUGAUGAUGGAGGAUCACGAUGGAGGAGACCACGAGAAAAAGAAGAAGGGACUCUUCAGUCGGUUCAAGAAAAAGAAGGACGGGGAUCAUGAGGAACACAAAAAACACAAGAAAGACAAAAAAGCAGAGGCUCAUUAACCCCACUGAUGGAGGAAACGGCCAUUUCAUUCAGUUCUGAACAAUGAAAGUCAAAGGUGUCCUAGGAUCAAAGGCUGAAAAAGCUGAAACGGAGCUUUGUGCUACUUACUGAAGGGAAAAAAUUAUUAUAAUAAUAAUUGUUCAAAGGCAUUUGCUAUGUUUAUAGGAAUUUGAGAUUUACAAGUAAUUGUUGCUGGAUCAUAUACCUCUUUAUUCUUUACUCUUAUGUAAAUAUUAGUUAUGAUGCAAGCCAAACAGACAAAGUAGAAUUGGUAACACAAGUCCAAACUAUACUUAACAUAAUCCAUCCAAGUGAUUUUGUCAGAGUUGCCAAUACAUUGUACUUGUUGCCAACUGUAAUAAUAUUUUCUGAGUUGUACACAACAUGACUAAACCUUUUGUUAACUAAGAUCUCGUAUAUGCUAUAUCUGUGAUUGUUGACGUAAAGGUAAAAUUGAUUCACUUAGUUGUUGAUCUUUGAUGGACCACAUAUAUAUACCUUUGUUUAUGCUUUUUGUAUGUUUUAUAUAAAAAUAUAUAUUAAAGAUGUCGUUUUGUAUGGGCAUAGAUAUGGCUUACAUAACAAGCUAUAUAUAUAUAUUUGACUUUCUGCAGCUAUACAUACAUUAUCAUUAUUGAUUCUCUAUAACCAGUGAUUAUUAUAAACAGUUUCAGUAAGUGUAUAUUUACUGUAAAGAAACUGGAGAUAUUUUAUGCAACCUAAAGUUUGUAGGCUAUUUCCAUAAUGAUUUAUAAUUCCAUUACAGUGUUUUGUAGAAUUAAAAAAGUUAUUGUAUAUUUUUGAGAGUUUUAUGUUUAUGUUAAAUAGUUUGGUUGUAGUUUUCAAGACUGGUACUUUAUAUAAAAUUUAUACUUCAUUUCAUUUUUACUUCUGUUUUUCUUUAUAUACCCAGAAUAUAGUGCUUCCUUGCGUGGAAUUAUUGUUCAUGAGUACCAAGCUUUGUUAAGAUCAAUGCAAAGUUUUGCAAUUGAUUGUUUUUUUUUUCCUUUUAAUUUAGAAAUUUAUUAUUUAGACAAGAGAAAACUAGCAGCAAUAGAGUCUUGCUGAAAUUUAAAUAUUUUUUUGUCUCCACAUUUUAUCUAAGUGCUUCCUGUUUAUCCCACAUUGACUUCCAGAAAAAAAAAACUCUGUCAGGUUUACACAGUUGUGAUAGCAAUUUAAAAUUUCUCUGAUCAAAAGAGAUGUGUCCACUACAUUUCCCUGUAAAAUAAGUGCAAUGAAAAGUAAAGAUCUGAUCUUCUCGUGCCCAUUUUUCUGACUACAGUCGUACUCAAAAUACUCGCCGUUUAUCACUUGUUGUUUAAAAAUUUGACUUUAUUUGUGGGAAAUGCUUUGUUCAACUUUGUAAAUAUUAUAGCCAGGAGCAAUAAGGCUUAUAAGCACAUUUUCGUUGAUUGUAUUUACAAUGUAUCUUGGGGUGUAAAAAGUGGAAUCAUAUUGUAAAUAUAACUGAAGUGAAAGCAAUUUUUAAAGAGACUGUAAGUGUAUAUUAUAAAAAGGUUCAGAUUGUCUCAGUGGUUUAUGAGUUUGUUUUUAGAUAAGUCUGAGUGUUGCUUUUAAUUGUUUAAAAGCAGUACAGAAAAUCCUGUAUGAUACGGUUAAGAUUGCUAGAAAUUCUGAGGACAGUUCUUCUCAUGACAAAUGUUCAUCAAUAUUUGCUUCACUAGUGUAGAUGUGUAUCAUUGAUCACACUAACAUCAAUUAUUUUUAUUUUCAAGAUAUAUACUGUAUUCAAAUUAUAAAUAUUUAUAUUAAAAUAAUGAACCAAUACA